AACCCGCACCGGUUCCCAGCGAGCGAAGCGGUGAUUAGUUUGGGUUGGUGGUGGUGGUGGUUGUGGUUGAGGGGUGGUGGUGGUUGUGGUUGGGGUGGUUGUGGUCGGGGUGGUGGAGGUCGGGGUGCAAGCGCUUGCGUUGGGCCAGCGGCGACGAACUCUUGAAGCGGCCCCGGGGCCUUCAGUCGAGUGCCUCGCGCGGCGUGUGAACAACGAUCAGCGGCGUGGGGAGACAAAGGCGGCCGUGUACGGUGUGUUAUACUGUGCACAGCCAUGAAGGGCUUCUGCCAGCUCAACAGCAAUGCCCUGGCUUACUCCAUGACCACAGCCGGGGCCAGUAUCAUCAACAGCAUCUUCAGCUUCUACUAUGUCAAGCUGUUCCUCAGCCAGUACCACAUCUCCGAGGUCGACUUUCACCGAGCACAGGUUGUGUACAUGGUGUGGAAUGCAGUCAAUGACCCGCUGUUCGGAUAUCUCCAGGACACGGGCAGCUGGGCAUGCUGCCGUAGCCGGCGCUUGGCCAUUGCGUACGGUGCCACGCUCUACGCCGUCGCCUUCCUCUUGCCCUGGUUCCCGUGGCGGAGCGGGGGCUAUGGGCCGGGCGAUCCGCUGGCAGGAGUGCACCUGCUGGUGGCCCUGUGCGCCUUCGACGGCGCGCUCACGUUCGUGCUGCUGGCGCAGUGCGCGCUCUUUGCCGAGAUUUCCGGCCGGCACAGCGACCGCCUCACGCUGCUCAAGUACAGCCAGGUGGCCUCAUUCCUGGGCUCGGGCUCGGUGCUGCUGUGUGGCCUCAUCACGAACAACAUGACCGUGUUUUCCACCAUGCAGUGGUAUUGCGUGUUGGCGGCCUGCAUCGCGUGGCUCUGCAUGCGCUACACGGGCAUCCAUGUGGUGUCUGCCACUGAUAAGCUUUCCAGCCACGCCACCACCAGCAACCCAGAACCCCAAGACACUCCACUUCUUAAAGACGGCAAAGCCCUGCCCCAGGCGUCGGCCGUCUCGCUGUCGCUGCAAAUCAUGCGGCAGCGGGACUUCCUUCUGUUCGUCGCCAUGAACUUCCUGCAAGUCCUGCACGUCACCUUCUCCAGCAGCUUCACGCUCAUAUUUGCCGAGCAGCUGCUGCCCGCCGCUACGAUGCCCACGCGAGCGCAGAGCGUGCUCUACGGAGCGGGCUUCAUGUGUCCGCAGAUCCUGGUGCUGUGCAGCCAAGGCUUGCUGCAACGCGUCGGAUACUACCGCUUGCUGCUUCUCGCCUUCGUCCUUCAGCUGUGUCUCGCCACGAUCACCUUCGUGGCUGGCUCGUCCUGCUACGUGUCGCUCACCGCCUUCCUGCUGCUCGACAUGGUCCUGCCCCAGGCUGUGUUCAGCCUCUUCAACCUGCCUCUGUCUGAUAUCAUCGACGCGGACGCCCGGACCCACCGACGCAGCUCUCCACUCUCAUCUAUGGUGUUUGGGCUCAACGCACUGUUCACCAAGCCAGCACAGUCGCUAGCGCCCAUGCUGGUGGUCAGGAUCCUGAACCAGCACGGCUACCAGACCCUGGGGGACAUGGCUGGCACAACAGACACCAGCUCGCAGGCCGGGCUGCACCAAGCCAUGUUCGGCCUGCUGUGCAUUGUCCCGGCCACCAUCUCCCUGCUGCAACUGUGCAUAUGGGCACCAUUCUCAAUCCGCAGCAGCCACAAUGCCAUCCCACGGCACGCCGACCUGUAGACAGAACCCAGACCAGCUGUGAAAAAGAGGUCAUGGCGACCCUCGCAGCUCCUCUGCAUGGCAAAGGAGGGCGAGGAAGUGAGUGGGGGGAGUGGGUGAGGGCCGUGAGGAGUGCAGGACUCGAGCGAGAUUCAGGGGAUGAGAUUGAAAUCUCCGCCACUUUACUUCCGAAGCCGUGCGUGCAAGCCUCGUCAAAGUUUCUUCUUUUUUGAGCUUUGAAGUUUAAAAUGUCACAGUCGGCACUUCCCCAUAUCCAGGGCCAAUAUGGGGAAAACGUCGGCCAUGUGAAUAGGUCUGCUUCAACCAAAAAGAGGAUAUGUUUUAAAAUAAGUUCACCGUAAAUUUUGAUUUAAAGCUUUCGUGACUGCAGGGAUUCAUCUUCUUGGCUCUUCCCUUCUACGUGACUUUACCGAAAGAACCAAGAAGAAGUUGACCUUAUUUUAAUUUUAAGUGUGGUUUACGAGGUCAGGCUGCUUGCUGAGCAUUUAUUCGCUCAAGCGUCUUCAACGAGCAUCUCCAGGAGUUGAAUUCAACUGCUCAAGAUUGCAACGCAUGGCACACAAAAAAAAAAUGCGAGUGAGCGAAAACCCCAAGUGGAUUAACAAGCGGAUUACAAAAUCUCACGCUUUAAAUUCACCGCGAUUAUUCUUCCAUGCCCCCCUAAGCAUUUUAAGGACUUAAUUUCCGAGAAUAUUCCGAUGCCAUCUCUUUUUCGUAUGGUCAUUUACAGCAGCUGCAAACUAAUGACCAAUCUGCGAACGAAGCGGUUGUCUUGAGUCAAUGGCGAAUCAAUUGUUUGUACACGGUCACUCGUGCCGAACGGUAGCACACGUUUAAUACUUAAGUGUGUCAUGUCAUGGGACCUUGUUUUGGCAGUAUCAAAGUAUGAAAAAUAAGAAUAGGUUUUACCUUUUUCAGGCAAUAAAACAGGUGUUCAGAUGGUCAAACAACAAAUGAUACCUUUUACAAGGAAUCAAGUGUGCAUUAGCCACACGUAACGUGUUAACAUGCAAACGUGCUCUGAUGUUCCUUGUCUUUGAAACUGAUUGGUCUACACCAGACAGCCUUCUUUAUGGCCUCGUCUCACCUGUGUUAGACCAGAGAACGCCAAAAGGCGACCGGCACAAAGACAAUGCCACACGUAUCGGAGUAUUUUUAGCUCGGGGAGAGCGGAGAUUUCAUGUGACCUUAAGCAUGUCGGUCAAGUAUGGACUUCUACGUUGAGGUAGGAACCUCGUUCUCCUCGCCGUUCGUGGAAGAUGAGAAUAGGCGCACGUCCUCGCAUGCGCUUGUGCACGCGAGUGCAUUUGCACAACAAAUUGACCCCCCCCCACAUUACAAAAUGUCCAUCUAUUGCCUUGAAUUUGGGCCCAGCAUGCGUUCAUCGGUAACGUUCAAGCAAUGUAUAAUAGGUUCAAGUAAAGUAUAAUAGAUUCACAUUCUCCCAUCAAAAUGUUUCAUCUUAAUAUCUAUAAAACGCCAAUACAGGGACUCCUCUACUUCCGAACGAGUUAGGUUCCAGAGGUCUGUCAAUCGAUUUGUACGUAAGUCCACAACUUUACUCCUGUCGAUUCCAAACAUGGUGUACGGCAUGUACACUAAAAGUUGUAUAAUCUCCUGUAGAUGGCACUGGUUCAUGUUCUGCAGAUGUCGGUGCCACCAGCACCAUCUUUUAACCCGGUGGUUGAGCUAACAACUCUCAGUCCAAACAGGCAACUGGACAUACGGGCAGGUUUGUUUGUACGAGUUUUUUAAGUCGACUAAGUAGAGGAGUCCCUGCAGUUCCUUCCAUACGAUGUAAACAAAGCAUAUUCACUCCUGCGCCAACAGGUGUCUUGGCUAGACAAGUCACAUUUGUACAGUAAAGGUCUCAACAAAUGUUCUCUCUUACCGUAAAGGUAUUAAGGUACAUCACUGCUAAUAGACUCGGAAAACAAAACACUGAUUACGUGCCAUAAAAACACAUUCCUGCGGAGGGAGCUGGUAGGAACGUUGGGUUGCUCGGUCAAUGGCCAGGGUCAACGGCGGCGUGGUGUAUUCCGCAAAUAUGGCCGACUGUGAGGGCGGGCACAAGCCGGCGUGAGUAGGUUAAACGUUGAGUUUUAUAAGGGCACCACGGGGUGACCAGCCCCUCCUCACCCAGCCCCACCCCUCCCACCCCCCACCCAGCCCCUCCC